CCGUUUCUCGCGCGAAGGACCGAAGCGGCGGCGAUGACUGAUAGAGGGAAUUAAUUCUAUUUCUUCCCAACGAUUUUAGGGAAGCGGGAAAGGUAUCGAAAUCCAUCGCAUGUAGUAUUCAAACACAAGACCAACAAAACCAAACUCCAUUUCCAAAACCCUCUGUCGGAUUUGUUCCGCCGGCGUCCAGAAUCUCUCCGGCAGAAGAAACGCUAAUCCAGUUCAACUCAGGCAUGGCCGAUUCCACGGCCAGUAGGAAGAAACCUCUCAGCUUGAACGAUCGUCAUUACCGCCUCCUUCAGGAUCUUUCUGCUCCACCCAAACCCUCUCUGGCAACCGCUCGUGAUCAGAGGGCAGGAGACGAAGAUGAAAAGCCCUCGAGAAUCGAACUUGAGAAUCAACGUCGCCUCAGUGAAGUAUCGACUAAUGUUGACGAACUUCAUGAUAAUAGUAUUCCGCAGUCUUCAGGUGUUAAUGUGGACGAACAGCCGAGGAAGGUUAAGAUUGGUGGCCGACGCCGUCUGUGCAAACUUUCGUCCCGAGAUGAUGGUUAUGUGGAUAAUCCAGUGGGGUUUGAUUCCAAUGAACCCAAUUUUUCUGGUAUUACAGAUUUUGAUUCUCCUUCUCCCCCACCUCCACCGCACUUGGAUCAUCGCGAUAACAAGGAAAGUGAUAUCAGGGAUAUUCUGAAUGACUUGAGCACGAAGCUUGAGCUUUUGUCUGUCGAGAAAAAGCGUGAAAAACCAAGAAAAUUUGAUUCUCUUGAAAACUUAUCUGCUUCUUAUUGUGGAAAAGGGAUCGAGGAAGCAAGUGAAGCCGAUGAACGUGAGGUUGAUAGUCUGAAGUUCUCCACCAACCCAUCUAAUUCCUUGUUAGGUGAAAAUGCAAAAGUUGAGAAUGUUGUUAAGACUCUUAACGACGGUUUGAGUGGUGAGUAUGGAGUAGAAAUUCCCCCAAAUAAGGUGAAGGUCGAUGUGUUUUACAAGGGAACUCAUGAAGUUGAUACGUGCACAGGGAGUGAACAACUUCUAAAUCUAGAAUAUGGAAACAAUAAACAUCACGAAGGACGAGAUAAAUACACGCAUCAGGAUGUCCAAAGGUCAUAUAAUUCCCUAGGAAAAACUCCUGCGUCGAUAGACGAAGGAGAGGUAGACCUUGAGGAUGAUUGCGUAGUUCUAAAUCGUGAAACCAGGAAUUUUAAUGAAGUGAGAAGGCGGCAUGACAAAUAUGAAAAGAAGAGUGAGGAUUCUGAUGGGAUUGACAUGUUUGAUAAAUCUGCUGAGGAUUUUAUAUUGGAGGGAAAAAGCUCCACUGGUCACAAGUCUGCUUUCAAAUUGCAAGGUAGAAUUGCAAAGAUGCUGUAUCCACAUCAGCGUGAAGGGUUGCGUUGGCUGUGGUCUCUACAUUGUCGGGGUAAGGGUGGAAUCUUAGGGGAUGACAUGGGUUUAGGGAAAACAAUGCAGAUUUGUGGCUUUCUAGCUGGACUUUUUUAUUCGCGUUUAAUAAAGAGGGUCUUGGUUGUGGCUCCUAAAACUCUCCUGCCCCAUUGGAUUAAGGAGUUAGCUGUUGUGGGUCUUUCUGAGAAGACGAGAGAAUACUAUGGGACGUCGGCUAAACUUCGACAGUAUGAGCUUAAUUAUAUUCUCCAGGAUAAAGGUGUUCUUCUGACGACUUAUGAUAUUGUAAGGAAUAAUUCAAAGUCUUUACAAGGAAACAGCUUCUUUGAUGAUGAAGAAACUGAGGAUGGAACAACAUGGGAUUAUAUGAUCCUUGAUGAGGGUCAUCUUAUAAAGAAUCCUAGCACUCAAAGAGCCAAAAGUUUGCUUGAAAUUCCUAGUGCUCAUCGCAUAAUUAUAAGUGGCACACCAUUGCAAAACAAUUUGAAGGAACUGUGGGCCCUGUUUAAUUUUUGCUGUCCUGACCUAUUGGGUGACAAGAAAUGGUUUAAGGAGUACUAUGAGUGUGCAAUUCUUCGUGGAAAUGACAAAAAGGCUUCUGAAAGAGAUAAGCGUGUUGGUUCAAUGGCUGCAAAGGAGUUACGGGAACGUAUCCAACCCUACUUUUUGCGUCGUAUGAAGAGUGAAGUGUUUAACGAGGAUAAUGAUCAAGCUGCUACCAAACUCUCUAAAAAGAAUGACAUUAUUGUUUGGCUCAAAUUGACUAGUUGUCAGCGAAAACUUUAUGAAGCUUUUUUGAAGAGUGAAUUGGUACUUUCAGCAUUUGAUGGCUCACCAUUGGCUGCUCUUACGAUUCUUAAGAAAAUAUGCGAUCAUCCACUUCUUUUGACGAAAAGAGCAGCUGAAGAUCUAUUGGAAGGAAUGGAAACUGUGCUAAGCCCAGAAGAUGCUGGUGUAGCAGAGAAGCUGGCCAUGCAUUUAGCAAAUGUGGCUGAUAGGGAUGAUUAUGAAGUGUAUAACGACAAUGUCUCUUGCAAAAUAUCCUUCAUAAUGUCUUUAUUGGAUAAUUUGAUCCCGAAGGGGCAUAAUGUUCUAAUCUUCUCUCAAACUCGCAAGAUGCUCAAUCUUAUUGAGGAAUCACUAUUAUCCAAUGAUUAUGAGUUCUUGCGAAUUGACGGUACUACAAAAGCCACCGACAGAGUAAAGAUUGUAAAUGAUUUUCAAGAAGGUAGAGGACCUUCUAUUUUUCUCUUGACAUCUCAAGUUGGUGGUUUAGGUCUUACACUUACCAGAGCAGAUCGUGUAAUUGUAGUAGAUCCUGCCUGGAAUCCAAGUACUGAUAACCAAAGUGUUGAUCGAGCAUACCGAAUUGGACAAAAGAAAGAUGUUAUAGUGUACAGAUUAAUGACUUGUGGGACUGUUGAAGAAAAGAUCUACAGGAAACAGAUUUAUAAAGGGGGACUGUUUAAAACCGCAACAGAGCACAAAGAACAGAUACGGUACUUUAGUCAACAGGAUCUUCGGGAGCUUUUUAGCCUUCCAAAAGACGGGUUCGAUAUAUCUGUUACACAGCAACAAUUGCAUGAGGAACAUGAUCGACAAAUUACAAUGGACGAUUCUUUGAAAUGUCACAUAAAGUUCCUGGAAACACAAGGUAUUGCAGGAGUUAGUCACCACAAUUUGCUCUUCUCUAAGACAGCUCCAGAACCUGUGCACGUAUUGGAGGAAGAAGAGGCAUCGUUCAGGAGGAAUAAGGAGUUUGCUUUUGGUGAAAGAGCAACAUCAAGUUCUUCACCCGAUCCUGAUACAGAUGGGGCAAGGUUUGCUUUUAACCCAAAGGAUGUGAAGUUGAAUAGAUUUGCUACAAAUGCAAGCAGCAGUCCAAGCAAGCCAACUGAAAGGGAAAUCAAAGAGAGAAUCAAUCGGCUGUCCCAAACUCUAGAAAAUAAGGUACUUAUCUCAAGAUUACCAGACAGGGGGGAAAGAAUUCAGAAGCAAAUUGUUGAACUGAAUUUACAGCUUUCUGAAUUGAAGAGAAAAGAACAUGAAUGUGAAGUCAUCGACAUCACCGACGAGUUUCAGAAGGUGCUGAAUGUAUAGUUUGUAUUGUGAUGCGAAGACUGAAUCUUCUCACGAGUGAGGCUUGAGGCUGACUAUAUAUGUAUUUUGAGACAAGAACUGAGGUUUUGUUCUUUAAUAUGCUACACAAAUCAUCGAGUCUUAUCCCUAAAAAAUUAAUCGAAUGUGCAUCUAAAUUAUUAUUUAGUA